AUGUCGUCAUUGCAGUCUUACCUAGCGGCUAUUGUGGCCAAAGAUAUGCUGCAUAGCUUUCCCAAUAUCAAGGUUGGCCUCAUGGUCGGCAUCGGCGGCGGUGCGUCAAGUCAGAAGCACGAUAUACGCCUUGGCGGCGUCGUGGUUAGUGACCCCAGAGAUGGGAUAGGUGGUGUGUUCCAGUACGACUUUGGCAAGAUACUUCAGGAUUAG